ACCAUCAUGAAGAAAAUAUUGUAAACACGUACAAAACGCGUGCUGCUGUUGUGGGUUAACGAUCAGUGGACAAAUAAACUCUAAUUUACAUCUCUCAAAUCAUUACUUUUAUUGAAUAAACCAAUCAUGUUGACCUCCAGGAGUUUUGUCAAGAAAACCCGGAAAGGGGGAGUUAUGAAGGUGGUGAGAGAGCACUAUCUGAGAGACGACAUCUGGUGUGGGUCUGCAGCUUGUACAAAGUGCCCGAUCGACAAACCCGUUUUGGAGAAGGAGCCUGUGCCUGAAGUGGAAAACACAUUGUGCAGUUACCCUCAUUAUCUCUUACUUGACACGAAUGUAGUUUUACAUCAGGUGGAUAUACUUGAAGACAAAGCAAUUAAAAAUGUCAUUCUCCUGCAAACAGUCCAGAAGGAGGUCAAACACAGGAGUUUGCCUUCCUACAAAAGGAUACGAGACCUCAUUGCAAAUGAAACAAAAAGGUUCUAUGUCUUUACCAACGAACAUCAUAGAGAUACAUACAUUGAGAUCGAACCCAAGGAGUCUCCAAAUGACUUCAAUGACAGAGCCAUUAGGAAGAGCCUUGCUUGGUAUGAUGAACAUUUCAAAGAUACUCCUAUCAAGAUCGUUCUGCUAACCAACGAUAUCGAUAACAGGGAGAAGGCAAGGAAUGAGGGUCGCGUUGCAUACACAGUCAAUGAAUAUGUGAAAGCAAUGGAAGGCAGACCUGAGUUGAUGGACAGACUGGCACAGAUUGAAACCAAGGAGAGGGAACGGAAGGCAAACGAUAGUGAUAUCACAGCUCCAGGUGGCAGGAACGUCCUCUACCCAGAGCACCUCAGCUCCUAUGAGAUCAACGCUGGCAUUAAGCAGGGCAGAUACAAGAAGGGCACCUUCAAAGCUAGCAGAGAGAACUUUAGAGAAGGCUACGUCAGUGUACAAGGGAUGGAGAAAAUGGUCUUCAUCAAAGGGCUAGCCAAUCAAAACCGAGCCGUACAAGGUGACAUUGUAGCAGUAGAAAUGUUUGCAGAGUCUCAAUGGACAGCCCCCUCUACAGUCAUCGCAGAAGACAAGGGAUCAAAAGAAGAUGUUCUAGAUGAGGAUACUGACAACUCACACAUUGGUCCCAAGAAGGGAGCCGUACCGACCUGUCGUAUCGUUGGGAUCAUCCAACGUAAUUGGCGGCCAUUCUGUGGCGUGAUCAUGCCUGCUGCAGUCAAAGGGGGCACCAAGCAUCUGUUCAUGGCAGCUGAACGACUCAUACCCAAGAUACGUAUCGAGACACAGCAGUAUGAGACGUUGGCGGGAAAUAGGAUAAUAGUCAGCAUAGACUCGUGGCCUAGAGACUCAAGAUAUCCUCUAGGUCACUUUGUGCGUAAUCUUGGGGCCAUUGGAGACAAAGACACUGAGAAUGAGGUGUUAUUAUUGGAACACGAUGUACCCCAUCUUCCUUUCUCUGAGGCUGUUCUAAGUUUCUUGCCAAAACUGCCAUGGACCAUCACAAAAGAGGACGAAACAGUGAGAGAGGACCUGAGGCAUGUAGACAUCUGCAGUGUAGAUCCUCCUGGCUGUACAGAUAUUGAUGAUGCUCUUCACUAUAAACCCUUGGAAAAUGGCAAUGCAGAGGUUGGUGUUCAUAUUGCUGAUGUGAGUCACUUCAUCAAGCCAGGUAAUGCAUUAGACACAGAAGCCUGUAGCAGAGGUACAACAGUAUAUUUGGUUGACAGAAGGAUAGACAUGGUACCGGACCUACUGAGUUCCAACCUGUGUUCUCUGAGGGGCGGUGUGGAGAGGUUUGCCUUCUCCACUCUCUGGGAGAUGACGCCUGAAGCUGAGAUUGUCAAUGUCAGGUUCACCAAGAGCAUCAUCAAAUCAAGGGCAGCGUACACGUACGAACAAGCACAGAACAAGAUCGAUGACAAAUCACAGAAUGAUGCUCUUGCAAUCGGUCUAAGAGGACUCCUUAAGAUGGCCAAGAUUCUCAAGCAAAAGAGAACUGAUAAUGGAGCUCUGACGUUAGCAUCAUCUGAGAUCCGUUUCAGCAUGGACAGUGAGACCCAUGAUCCUAUUGAAGUAGAGAGGAAAGUCAUGAGGGAAACCAACUCGAUGGUUGAGGAGUUCAUGUUGCUAGCCAACGUCUCUGUAGCUCAGAGGAUCAGACAGGAGUUUCCUCAGAGUGCAUGCCUCAGAAGGCAUCCUGUACCUCCGCUAUCAAACUUUGAACCUAUCAUCAAAGUGGCCCUCACAAGGGGCUUUGAACUUCAAGUGGACAGUGGUAAAGCACUUGCUGAUUCCCUGGACAAGGCCAAUAUUCCUUCCAUUCCAUUCUUCAACCAGUUACUGCGGAUGAUGACGACACGGUGCAUGACCCAAGCACUCUACUUCAGCAGUGGUAUGCUACCUGAGGAUGAGUACCUCCAUUUUGGCUUGGCCUCACCGAUCUACACUCACUUCACCUCUCCUAUUAGAAGGUACUCUGAUGUGAUCGUCCAUCGGAUGUUGGCCGUUGCUAUCUCUGCUGAUGCCUGCUUCCCAGAACUCCUGGAUAAGGCCAAAAUUCAGGAGAUCUGUGACAAUCUGAAUUAUCGUCAUCGGAUGGCUCAGUAUGCAGGGAGAGCUUCAGUGGAUUUACAUACUCAGGUAGGAAUGUAUUCCUCUCUUCCUGUGUGAACACACCCAUGACUGUG